AAUGAGGGAUCACGCAGCGAACCAGAAUAUAGAGAGAGAAAGAGGGAGAGAGAGAUAGAGGAGAGAGGGUGUCUCGUCUCGCAGUUCCUUUUGGACGCCCCCUGUUGAAUCUGCAAAACUUGCUCUUCUUGGAGGGGGAGGAGGAGAUUUGGGUAGUGAGUGUUGUUGCUUUCCGGUGAAAAGAGAGGAAGUGAGAGGCCAGAGAGAAGGAAAGAGAAGGAAAGGGGAGGGGGAGAGAGAGAGAGAGAGAGAGGGGAGGAAAGAGACGUGCUGUAUGUCAGGUAGUGGUGGCCUCUUCACUUACUACGGCGGAUUCAGUGAGCUUGCAAAUCCACUUCAAUGGCCACAACUGAGGAAAAGGCGUCGCUUCUCUGCUGCCAAUCUACGGCACCACCACCGCCCUCUUCCGCCUCCUCCGCCUCUGCCCGGCAACCUCCGAGGGAGGCGUCAACCAUACGACGGGAGGCCGCUGAGUGGGACGUCGCCGACGGUGGCGAUCCUCCGAGCAAGCACGCGACGGCGUUGAGCAGCGUGAUCAGCCCCAUCGUCGAGCCACGACCUCCCGAAUCUGCUCCCAAAGUAGGUGCGCCCAUCCAGACCAUGGUUAGGGCACAGACAAGCCAUCCCCUGGAUCCUUUGUCUGGAGCUGAAAUUUCAAUAGCAGUAGCGACAGUUCGGGCAGCUGGAGCCACUGCAGAGGUCAGAGAUAGUAUGCGGUUUGUUGAAGUGGUGUUGUACGAACCUGAGAAGAGUGUAGUCGCAUUAGCUGAUGCCUACUUCUUCCCUCCCUUCCAACCUUCUCUCCUUCCAAGGACCAAAGGUGGACCAGUGAUCCCCAUGAAGCUUCCUCCUAGAAGAGCUAGACUUGUCGUGUACAACAAGAAGUCCAAUGAGACAAGUAUAUGGAUAGUUGAACUUUCUGAAGUCCAUGCGGCAACCCGUGGUGGUCAUCACAGGGGAAAGGUUAUUUCUUCGAAGGUGGUUCCAGAUGUGCAGCCUCCAAUGGAUGCAGAGGAAUAUGCUGAAUGUGAAGCUGUUGUUAAGGAUUACCCACCCUUCAGGGAAGCCAUGAAGAAAAGGGGAAUAGAAGACAUGGAUCUUGUUAUGGUGGACCCAUGGUGUGCUGGUUACCAUAGUGAAGCAGAUGCCCCUAGCCGUCGGCUUGCAAAGCCACUUAUUUUCUGCAGAACUGAGAGUGACUGCCCAAUGGAGAAUGGAUAUGCACGCCCAGUUGAAGGCAUACAUGUACUUGUUGACAUGCAAAAUAUGGAGGUUAUUGAGUUUGAAGACCGUAAACUUGUUCCUUUGCCUCCAGCUGAUCCUUUAAGAAAUUAUACCCCUGGGGAAACCAGAGGAGGUGUUGACCGAAGUGAUGUAAAACCAUUGCAAAUUAUUCAGCCAGAAGGUCCUAGUUUUCGUGUUAAUGGAUACUUCGUGGAGUGGCAAAAGUGGAAUUUUCGAAUUGGUUUUACACCCAGGGAGGGUUUGGUUAUCUACUCUGUUGCAUAUAUUGAUGGUAGUCGUGGACGGAGGUCUGUGGCGCAUAGGUUGAGCUUUGUUGAAAUGGUUGUUCCAUAUGGGGAUCCAAAUGACCCUCAUUAUCGAAAAAAUGCAUUUGAUGCUGGGGAAGAUGGCUUGGGCAAAAAUGCUCACUCUCUUAAGAAGGGGUGUGACUGUUUGGGGUUUAUCAAAUACUUUGAUGCCCAUUUUACAAAUUUCAGUGGGGGUGUGGAGACAAUCGAGAAUUGUGUCUGCUUGCAUGAAGAAGAUUUUGGAAUUUUGUGGAAGCAUCAAGACUGGAGGACAGGAUUAGCUGAAGUCAGGCGAUCCAGGCGUCUGUCUGUAUCAUUUAUAUGUACUGUUGCAAAUUAUGAAUAUGGAUUCUUUUGGCACUUCUAUCAGGAUGGGAAAAUUGAGGCAGAAGUUAAGCUUACAGGUAUUUUGAGCUUAGGAGCUUUACAACCUGGCGAGUAUAGAAAAUAUGGUACUACAAUUGCCCCAGGCUUAUAUGCACCAGUUCAUCAACAUUUCUUUGUCGCUCGUAUGGAUAUGGCAGUUGAUUGUAAGCCUGGUGAGACUUUCAAUCAGGUUGUGGAACUCAACGUUAUGGUCGAAGAGCCUGGGAAGGAAAAUAUUCACAAUAAUGCAUUCUAUGCAGAAGAAAAGCUGCUUCGAUCUGAAUUGCAAGCGAUGUCUGACUGUAAUCCUUUGACUGCUCGGCACUGGAUUAUUCGAAAUACAAGAGCUGUAAACCGAACAGGACAACUCACUGGCUAUAAACUGAUGCCUGGUUCAAAUUGCUUGCCUUUGGCUGGUUCUGAAGCAAAGUUCUUGCGAAGGGCUGCCUUCCUGAAGCACAACCUCUGGGUCACAGCUUAUAAUCGUGAAGAAAGGUAUCCUGGAGGCGAGUUUCCUAAUCAAAAUCCACGCGCUGGUGAAGGGCUAGCCACAUGGGUGCAACAAAAUCGUCCCCUUGAGGAAACAGAUAUUGUUCUUUGGUAUGUCUUUGGAAUCACACACAUCCCUCGAUUGGAGGACUGGCCUGUCAUGCCUGUGGACAGACUAGGUUUUAUGCUACUGCCCCAUGGCUUCUUCAAUUGCUCACCAGCAGUUGAUGUCCCACCAUCUCCUUGUGAUACAGAUAUAAAGGACAAUGGAGUUGCAAAGCCUAUGCAGAACGGACUGGUUUCAAAACUUUGAGAGUAGAUUUUCAGUGAUCAACAUGAACUAUUUGUGCACUGUGACCCUAAAUUUGUUUCCAGGUUGCUUUUAUGAUGUCAUCUUUAUGCAGUCGUCCUACAGAUGUUCUUCCUCUGCCUUAAAAUACCAUGGGUACUGGUUAGAGUCGAUGCUACUUUGUGUGAUCUUUUGGAAAGCUGGAUUAAAUGAAAAAAUUAGGACAUUUAAGUCA